AAAUAACGAAUUGGUACAUCGGUUAAAGUUUCAAGUUAAGCAUGAAACGCACUACCCGUGCCUUAAACGAGGUUGUAGAUGUCGACAGUCAAUGUUAAUGUGCGAUCGUGAAAUAUAUAUAAAGCAGUUAAACCGUACACAACAACUCUACCGGGGUAUAUCAUUACAAAUAUGGACAUUUAAACAAUUAAGAUUUUUCAAACACCUGUGACGUGCAUGUUGACUGUAUUCGCUUAUUAAGGGAGAAAAUAGUGUGCCAUUGUUUUGCUUUUUUUUUCAUGUGGAGUUAGAUAUAGCUUGACUUCUUAACAGAUAGAUUUAGAGAUGAAAAACUACAGGAAGUAAAUGCUGAAAACAGCUUAAAAGCAAGCAAAGAAAUUUUCUUAAUAUUGUGAACCUUGUAAAGCGAUUAAGUUGGUGUUGAGAUCGUUCUAUAUACACAAGGACAAUGCAUACAUCAAUCAAGGGUAGCAUUUCCGGACUUAUAGUGCUCGUACUUUACUUACAUUGUAAUGGCCAGAUGGUAACGCCAUCAACGACACCUGGACCAGUCUCCACAACCCCACCAAGUCCUUUUGCAGGAGAACAUGGUAUGAUAAUGACGGUGAUGCACGAAUAUGGUGACCCAAAUGCCGCCCAAUUACGUCAUCUUGAAAUAUAUUUGGGAUACGAAAACUUCUCAGGAGCAGUGCCAGGAAUUGCUUUCUCCAACCCAAAUAUUCAUUUUCUAAGUAUUGACUACGAAUUCCAGACUAAAUGUAUAUAUCUAUACGACUAUCAUUUAAGAUCAAUAGCGAUUGGUUGUGGAUACAACACAGCUCUGAAUGUUAGUGAAAUGACCUUCAAGUUUAUACAUGUUGGUGUGUCUAGAGGGACAGUUCAAGUUGCCGUUGAUUGGAUGACACAUAUAGUAUACUGGAGUGAUUCUGUAUUCCGUUGGAUAGUCGGAGCACCUGCGGACAUUAAUUUGGUCGACAAUGAUUAUUACAAGAUUAUUGUUGAUAAACAUUUAGAUGCCCCAGAUGGGCUUGCAGUUGAUCCACAGGCACAAUUAUUGUUCUGGUCGGACAACGGGAAACAUCCUAAAAUAGAGCGCUCAACAACAAGCGGGACUGAACGAAGGACUAUUGUAAGGAAAGACAUUUCGUCACCUUUAUCAAUGGAGGUGGACAUAUUUGAGAAACGAAUUUAUUGGAUAGAUGCAGCCUACGAAACCAUAGCAACGUCUGAUUAUGAUGGCAGAAAUGUUUAUACUAUAAAAAGGAUUCCAGGUUCUAAUUUGUUGGAUAUAGCACUUUUCCAAGAAUGUGUAUAUGUGACUGAUAUACGAAACAGUGACUUGAUAACGGUUAACAAAACCGAUGGUCCACACAAGGGAAAACUUGAAUCAACAACGGUCAAUAUCUUCCCAGAGACUAUUUACGGAAUUGCUGUAUAUGGCAAGGAGAAACAACCGCCAUUAAAUGGAACAGAUUAUUGCGCCUUGAAGAAGUGUGAUCAUAUGUGUGUCCUGACAAAAACUGGUGCCAAAUGUUUAUGCUCUGAGGGAUAUCAUUUAAAUUCGACGGGUCAAUGUGAAGCAUCUUAUUUGGAUUAUCGUAAGGCGCUUGUUAUCGCUAAUCAGACACAUAUAUGUCUGGUGGACCUUCGCGCCUUCGCACAUACGAACCACGAUGUCGUCUGUAGAUAUACAUCGAUAAAACCAAAGAAUGCACCCGUGACCACUACAUCGGCUCCGUCAGGAAGGAAGAAGAGACAAGUUGUAAAUACAACUCCUGGUAAAGUUUCUACUUCGCCACCAAACGCGUCAACUCCUCCAGUAUUAACUACCCCUGCUCCAACUGCCGCACCGGGUGACCUUAUAGUCAAAUUUGAUAUGGAUAUGAAGAGUAGAGAUUUUUAUUUCGCUACGGCUGACAAUAAAAUCUAUAAACGACCGAUAGACCUGCCAAUAGAAAACGAUGCUAAAGAUUUGAUAGCAUCUGCUACAGGAAACAUUAGUGGUAUUGCUUUUGAUGCCGUUAACGGAAAGAACCUUUAUUGGUGCGAAUAUGAUACUGGACAUAUAAGGGUAGUAAAUGUUGGAACAAAAGCAGCUGCCAAAGUUGACGCGCUUGUGAUGAAGAAACCCCGCGAACUGAUGGUCCUGCUAGAACGAAGGCGUUUAGCAAUGAUCACUGGUGAAACAGGGGCAAUGUCUCUUGUCACAAUAGACUUUGAUGGGAGUAAUAUGGUAGUGGUCGUCAAAGAAGUAACAGAUAUUUCAGCAUUUGCCUAUGACAGGGAACAAAGAAAGUUCUAUUAUGUCUCCGGGAGAAACAUACGCAGUGUUAAUCUAAAUGCAACAAAUGAUAGAGUAGUUUUUUAUGGAAGAGAUGGCAACAUAUUUCACCUUGUUCUUUAUAAAAACUUUUUAGCGUGGGCGUUCACAGCUGGGUCAUAUAAACAUCUCAUUCGAACAUACGAUUUAACGACAAAAACAAGUAACGCACUAGGAUAUUUUGAUAACUCCACGUUGAUUGAUAUUAAUGUUCUAGAUAUAGAUCUUCAAACCACAAACCUUAUUAGUCCAUGUGCUUAUGAAAAUGGCAACUGUUCUCAGAUUUGUAUUACACAUUAUACAAAUAACGUCAUGACUAAAGUAUGCGAGUGUCGCCUUGGAUACAGCCUAGGACCUGACAUGACCAGCUGUAGAUCAACUGUUGUCGACGAUAAUUUUAUUCUGGUUGCUGAUUGGACAAGUGAGGCUCUGCAGCAGAUAAAUCUCGAAACUGAUGGAAUAGCAGCUAUUCCGGGAAAUGACAAUGAUGAAUACAUGGGUGUUUAUUUUGACGCCGAUACAAAGAAAAUGGUUUGGGCAGAGUAUUAUGAUUCAGAGAUAAAGAGUUCAAAUCUGAAUGGAACUGGCCUCAAGGUUCUUUCCGAUCUUGGAUAUGACGGAUAUGCUUACCGCUUUAACAAGGAUAUGACUACUAAGAACUUAUAUUUCACUGCAUACUACGACACUUUUAUUGGUGUACUGACAAACAAAGGAGAUUUUAUAAAAUUUGAUUAUGAUUUUGAAUAUGACGAUCUCGGAGAUAUUGUUGUGCAUCCUGGAAAAGGAUGGAUGUAUUUCACUGUAACCGGCUGGGGUCAGGCUUAUAUUGGUCGAGCAGACAUGGAUGGGAACAAUGUUGUCGAAUUAAUAAAAGGAGACCAUGUCGACUUUCCGGAUGGUCUGGCUAUUGAUUAUCUGCAUGACCACUUGUACUGGUCGGACGCAACUUUUGACACGAUUCAACAAUGUGAUCUUGAUGGAGCAAACUGUAAGACUAUUAAAAACAUGACCAGUACAUACCGUGAUGAACAAAUAAGGGAUUUGGAAACAGACGGGACUUACCUAUAUUACUCCGCGUAUCAUAGAGAUCAUGUCGUACGCCUUGACCUUUCAACGUAUGCAGAAAAAAAAGUUGGUGAGAAUCCUGCAUUGGGCAAGCUGGAUACCAUUGCGUUCUAUAGCAGUACAAACAAGAAUGUUCAGCCAGUUGCCAAAGCAUGUCAAGCUAGAGGCGGGCUUGGGGAUUGUAGCACUGUUUGCUUUCCGACGCCGACGGGAAGGACAUGUGGAUGUCAGAAAGGUGUUUCAUUGAAACCUGACGGCCGAGCCUGUUCAGACAUCUACCAGUGCACCAAUGUAAUUCAACAAAAGGUCACUUUGUCUUCCAAUAAAACAAGUACUAUUGACGUAACAUUCGAACCCUCUUGCUUACGUUAUCUCGACGACAAAUGCAUGUUCAAAUGUCCACAAAGCUACGUUCCUAUUGACAGUACUCCACUUGUGUGUACAAAAGCCGGAUGGAACAAGGAAAUUAGUUCCACUCCUCUUUGCAGAGAAAAAAGAUGUUCACAGACUAUCAAAAACGGACAACUUGCAAGCACAUGUGGACGAGAGAUUGGUGAAAAAUGCGACUAUACUUGUAAUACAGGAUUUACAAAGACCAGAAAAAAUGCUGUAUGUACUUCAGAUGAAACCUACCAUUUGCCAGACGAGGAGCUGUGUGAACCUGCAAAAUGCACGGAAGUGAUUUCAAAUGGUAAACUCGGUGAUAAUUGUGAUCGGUCAAUCGACUCUACAUGCGACUACACAUGUAAUAAAUUUUAUACACCAAGUGACAAGAAAUCACAGGUCAAGUGCACUGCUACGGGCUGGGCGCCAUCUUUAAUGUGUAAAGAGUCUAUGUGUGACGAUGCAAGUUUAUCAAACGGAAUGGUGGCUCCAUCAUGCAAGAAGCAAAUUGGUGAGGCAUGCAUGUAUAAAUGUAAUCAAGGCUUUGUCAACACAACAUACAUGACAGUGUGCAAAAGUGACCGGAAGUGGCAUCCGUCUGAUUCGUGUAAAGUUGCAAAAUGUCCAUCUUUGAUACCUAAUGGAGUCAUACAACAACCCUGUAAUUUCGCUAUUUAUUCAACAUGUGAUUUCGUAUGCGACAAAGGCUUUAAGCAUUCUGCUAGUCAUCCAAAUUUGACAUGUGGUGCAACCGGACAAUGGGCAAUUCAGCCAAAAGACAGGGUUUGUCUAGAAACAGUAACAAUUAGUGGUGCCCAAAAACAAAAGCAAGACGGUGGACUUCCGGCAUCUGGAGUUGCAGCCGGCUUUGUGGUGCUUGUGCUAAUUGUGGUUGCACUCGUGGUUUUGAUUGUAUUUUUGUACAGAAGGAAUAUGGCUAAAUCUGGUUCUCCUUAUGCUACCCGCUUUCUUUCCACAAUGGUGCCAUCAGGUAUUUGCCAUAGAAAAUCCAGUUUAUCUUUCAGACCAGCGAACCCAGAGCCCCAGAAAGGAUACAAUUCCAAUAUUCCACUGGCAGAUCCUUCACAAAAUGCCAGCCGGUCACAUUUGCCUACUGGGACAGAAGCUCCACAAUGA